AUGAAGUUAUCCGUUACCACUACUACUUUGGCUUUGGCCAUUCUUAGUUCAGUUGCUGCUGCUCCAACUGCCACCACCACCACAACUGAUUUGACCAAGAGAGAAACUGACCAUCUUGAGAUGUCCAUUGCCAGAAUCAACUCUUUUGCUUCCAAGAGACAUACCAUGUCCAUAGAAGAGAUCGCCAAGAGAGAGAACCAAAUUGUCACCGAUGUGUUGACUGCCAUCAAGAAUACCAACUUGGCUCCUGGUAUCAUUACUUACUUCAUUGACGAUCCCACGUUGUCUUCCAUUGCCACUAACGUUAUCGUCGCCGCGCUCAAGAGUGGUAUUGUCAAUCUUGACACCUUGCUUAAAGCUUUGAACGACUCCGGUUUGGCAGUUCAAGUCAUUCAAGAUGUUAUCUCCAACUGUCAGUUCUACGCAACUGUUUACAAAGUUGCGCUCAAGUUCAUUGGUAACUUGCUUCUUGGUGGCGGUGGAAGUACCACCUCUGCUGUGGCCAAGAGAGAAGAUUUGCUUCCAGCCAAGAGAGAAAUACAAAGACAACAGUACAAGAGAGAAGAUUUGCUUACAUCAUUGAUGGAAUCAUUGAAGUCUUCCGGUUUAGCUUCUCAAGUCGUCAACGCUUUAGUCACUGACGAACAAUUCUACACUUGGGGUGCUGAUUUGAUCCAGCAAUUGUUCGAACAGGAUGCUAUCACAAUUCCAGAACUUAUCAGUGAUCUUGCUGACUCUGGGUUGAUUCCAAGUUUGUUUGAAGCUUUCUUCAACCUCCAAACCUUGAAUACCGUGAUUGCAAACGCUUUGAACGCUUUCCUCGGUAAGUGUGGAACCGACCUUCCAUCAAGCACACCAUCGGGUCCAGUUACUUGUAAGAGAAAGAGAAGAAGAAGAGCUGUUGCCUACUAAGUUCAACAACUUCCAAGCCUAAAAGAAAAUGAAUCCAACCCCAAUUAAUGACUUAUGGUUAGGCCCAUUAACCUAAUUUUAUGUUUCCCCACCCCAUUUCCUUUCUAUUCAAAAUUUAUUAUUCCCCCGUUGUUUUUCUGCAUGCUCCAAGUACUUCCAGUUAGCUAUUGACACUCCCUGAUUAUACCAAACUAAUAUUUAAAAAACAAUCAGAAAUCCGCUUGCCCAUUAUUUGCCCUUAUUUGAUGAUUGCUCGCCAACUUGACUAACCUUAAGAUUUGGUUCGAUGCAUCGGAAACUAAUGAAGAUUCUUGCACAAACAGGCGAGAUCACUCAUGUCACAUUAUAGCUUUAUGAUUUUGAAGAUAUUAUUCAAAAGUACACAGUUAUGCAAAAACUGUCACAGGAAAAUGUUCCUAGCUCUGGAGUAGGCUUGCAAAAUCUAUUUAUAUUUUAUAUCGUUAUUACAUAUAUGUUAAAUUGAAAAAAAUUAGAU